CCGCGAGGUCUGCAGUACAAUUAUUCACAAAGAAAAAAAGGCUUGAGGAGCAACAACAACAGGGUGGGAGCAGAAGCACAGAUCUCGUUUACAGCUCCAACGUUUCACGAACCCGUGUGCUGACAACAAGUAUCAUGUCAUGGCCCUAAGGAGCUGAGAGUGGGAAGUGCUGUUCACCUGAAGGGAGCUCACAAAGCUUGAGAGUUGCUAGAGAAGAGUUGGCGGGGCCUGGGCAGAGGGUAGAGCUCAGCGGGAGCCAAUGCAGCAGCAGCAGCAUCGACCGCCAGAGCUGGUGGGAGGAAGCCUUCCCGUGUUCGUGUUCCCCAAUGAGCUCGUCUUCUAUGCCGAUGAUCAGUCGUCUCACAAACAGGUGCUCACGCUCUACAAUCCCUAUGAGUUCGCCCUCAAGUUUAAAGUGCUGUGCACAGCGCCAAACAAGUACACCGUGGUGGAUGCAACUGGAGCCGUCAAGCCCCAGUGUUGCGUUGAUAUAGUAAUCCGACACCGAGAUGUGCGCGCGUGCCAUUAUGGGGUCUACGACAAGUUCCGGCUGCAGGUGUCAGAGCAGAGUCAGCGGAAAGCUCUGGGCCGCAAAGAGGUGACGGCCACUCUCCGUCCCUCUGCCUCACAGGACCCGCCUAGCCCCCGGCCCCAAGAUGAGGAACGCCGAAUUGCUGACAGCGAGUUUUUUGAACAGACUGCAUUCCAGACAGAGAGCCGUCCUGUUGCUGGAGGACCCAGUCUGUUGACAGUACUGCUUGGGCUGGUGUGUAUGGCCGCCCUGAUGCUCCCGACACUGGGGGAGCAAGAAUCUACUGUGCCUGUCUACCUCCACUUAAGUGUUAACAAGAAACUUGUAGCUGCUUAUGUUCUCGGGCUUCUUACAAUGGUCAUUCUACGCACAUGAAGUGCCGUGAGCCGAAAGGAGGGAAGAAAAGAAACAGAAACAUGAAGAGAAUGUUCUCCCACCAGAGGCACUACUAUGAGUAAAAAAAAAAGUAGAGCUGACAGCAGGGGAACAGGGGUACUUAUUCGAUUACCUCAUCCUCUGAAAAAUACAUUUUAGCAUACUUGUUUUCAAAUCUACACAUUUGUGUUAAUACAUACACGGAACUAAAGUGACGUAAAUGGGAAGAGCUGUCGUGUGUAAGGUCAGAGUGAGGGGAGCUGUCCCUGAGAUAAAGGGCCUGUGAAGAAGCGUGAGGCCAUUUGCUGUUGUUUGGCCUCACAUAUUGUCUGUAACUCUGUUGCCAUUAUGUGAAAGAAAGUGGUCAUUUCAGUGUGAAGGAAUCAACAUGCAAACGCGGUACUUGUAUAUAAAGCCAUUAAAGUUUUGUUACCUGUUACCAUUAUUAAAUUGAUGUUUUUUUAAAGCUUUUUAGAGUAGACUGAAGACUAAAUGCCGUUCCUUGCAUGUGUGGAUACUUUGUAUGAGUGGGCUUUAAGUUUGUUAGCAGUAAGAUACUUCUACCUAUCACCAAAGGAGGGAUCUCCUCUUGAAAGAAGAAUGGUUCGCUUGCCAUGCUUUAUCAAAUGUUUAAUAAAGUCUCAAUACAGCUGUA